AUGGCGUCCAUCUGCAUGCGAUCCUGCCGCGUGCAAUCCGCCCUCCGAUCCGCCAGAAAUUCUACCACCGUCCGUUCAAGACUCCCUAGCAACAUCCCACGACGUCAUGCUUCUACCGGUACUGGCUCCUCGACGGAAUCCCAGGCCGGCUCGGGUCUGAAGACUGGCCUGUACAGCGUUGCCCUCGCCGGGUCCCUCUACGUCUCUUACCUCUAUGUUACCGAUACGAGGGCCUCCAUCCACGCAUUGUCGCCCAUGUUAAUGCGCUUUGCUUGGAGCGACGCCGAGGACGCGCACCACGCCGGCACUGGCAUGAUGAAGACUCUCUACGAUCUCGGUCUGCACAUCCGCGAACGCGAUAGAACCCUCGCUGAACACCCUGCUUUGGCGACUGAAGUCUACGGCAUGAAGCUGUCCAACCCCAUCGGCAUCAGCGCCGGCCUCGACAAGCACGCCGACAUCCCUGACGCCCUCUUCGCCCUCGGUGCCGGCAUCGUUGAGGUCGGUGGCUGCACGCCCCGCCCGCAGGACGGCAACCCCCGCCCGCGUGUCUUCCGCGUUCCCAGUCUCGACGGCAUGAUCAACCGAUACGGUCUGAACUCGCGGGGUGCCGACAGCAUGGCUAUCACACUGAGGGAGCGCGUGCGCAAGUUCGCCCGCAAGGUUGGCGCGACGGAGCAGGAGGUUCUGGACGGCGAGGCUGGUGUCCCUGCUGGCAGUUUGCUCCCUGGCAGAUUGUAUGCCGAUAUCCUAGUGGUCAACGUCAGCAGCCCCAACACCCCUGGUCUUCGCGACUUGCAGGCCACCGAGCCUCUGACAAGGCUGUUGAGCGCCGUGGUUCAGGAGGCUCGCAAGGUGGACCGCAAGGUUGCCCCCAAGGUCAUGGUCAAGGUCUCCCCUGACGAGGAGGAGGACGCCCAGAUCGAGGGUAUUGUUCAGGCCGUCUGCAGCAGCGGUGUCGACGGCGUCAUUGUGGGCAACACCACCAACCGUCGCACAGGCAUCGUUCCCCAGGGCGUCAAGCUUACUGUCAAGGAGCAGAAGGCGCUGCAGGAGACGGGUGGGUACUCGGGCCCCGCCAUGUACAGCAGAACCCUGGAUCUGGUCGGAAGAUAUCGCAAGAAGCUCGAUGCCCAGACCCUCCAGACAGGCUCGGCCGAGGAGGCGGCUGCCAUUCCUGAUGUUGACGGCUCCCUCUCCGGCAAGCUUCACGAUCUGAUCGAGGGCAAGGAUACCCCGAGAAAGGUCAUCUUCGCGACGGGCGGCAUCACAAACGGAGAGCAGGCGCUCAAGAUCCUCAAUGCAGGCGCCAGCGUGGCUAUGGUGUACACGGGCUUGACAUACGGCGGACCGGGAACAAUUACAAAGAUAAAAAGGGAGAUUAAGGACCAGGCGUAG